CCGCCGGCGGCGGCGCGCUCCGAGGCCUCGGCGGCUGCGAGGGAAGGAUGGUAGUUGUAGCGUUGCCACAGGUGGGUGGUCUGGGCGUACGCGAUUUGCGUAACGGAAGACCCGGCCAGGCAGGGACUUUGCGGAGAAAAGUGUGUAAGCGGGGCGCCGAUCCACGCAGUUGGAGUACGGAAGGAGGCAGCGGCGGAGAGACGGCCAAGCUGUAUGUAGCUGAUCUUCUCGGGCACUAUGGACAAGAAUAUGAAAGAGAACCAUUCUGGAUACCCUGGUCGCGCUGCGAAGAUUGCUAAUCCCAUUGGUGAUGGCCCAAAACGUGUCCCUGUGCCUCAGCAUUCUGCCCAGAGCCGGUUGCUGAACAGCAGAGUUCAAGCACAACGUGUUCUGUGUCCUUCAAACUUUGCCCAGCGAGUUCCUGUGCAAUCACAACAAUCUGUACAGUCAAACCAAAAACUGUCUAAUAACCAGACAACGCAGCACCCCCGACCAAAAUUUCUGGUCCAAGCGACUGCUAGGCCUCAAGUUCCAAGCAAGCAUAAUGAAAAACCUCAACAGGCUCCAGCACCUGCAAAAAAUUCUGAAGCAGAAAGCACCUCUAAAAAGAAAAAUGAAGAGACGGCUAAAAAGAAAAAUGAAGAGACUAAAAAAAGGCAAUGGUCUCUUGAUGACUUUGAAAUUGGUCGUCCUCUGGGGAAAGGAAAAUUUGGAAAUGUGUACCUGGCACGUGAAAAGCAGAGCAAAUUUAUUCUCGCGCUGAAAGUGCUCUUUAAAACACAGCUUGAGGAAGCUGGUGUAGAACAUCAACUACGAAGAGAAGUUGAAAUACAGUCUCAUCUUAGGCACCCCAACAUUCUCAGAUUAUAUGGCUACUUCCAUGAUGUUACAAGAGUCUACCUUAUUCUAGAAUAUGCACCUCGUGGAGAAGUCUACAAAGAACUUCAGAAGCUUACCAAGUUUGAUGAGCAAAGAACUGCUACUUACAUAACAGAAUUAGCAGAUGCCCUAUCAUACUGUCAUUCAAAGAGUGUGAUUCACCGAGACAUCAAACCAGAAAACUUGCUGCUUGGCUCAAACGGAGAAUUAAAAAUUGCUGACUUUGGAUGGUCUGUGCAUGCUCCAUCUUCUAGGAGAACAACUCUCUGUGGGACACUUGACUAUUUGCCUCCUGAAAUGAUUGAGGGAAGAACACAUGAUGAAAAGGUGGAUAUUUGGAGCCUGGGAGUUCUGUGCUAUGAAUUCCUUGUAGGGAAACCACCUUUUGAAGCAGAAACAUAUCAGGAAACCUACAGAGCUAUUUCCAAGGUGGAAUUCAAGUUUCCUCCAUUUGUAACAGAAGGUGCAAGGGAUUUAAUUUCAAAGCUUCUGAAGCAUAACCCAUUCUGUCGACUGCCCCUGAAGGAUGUACUACUUCAUCCCUGGAUUACAGCAAACUCUACAAAGAUGCCCAACAGCAGAAAGAGUGAUGUUGCUGCCCCAUCCAGAACAUAGUCAUAGCAGGGAUCAACAAGAGGAGUCUUGUACUGUGACUACUGUAAUACUUACGAUAUGAAAAGCAGGUCUUGGAAUCUAAUGGCAAUUGGAAUGCAAAUCUUUGGAUUGGCCGUCUCCUUAAACUCUAAUUGCAAUGUAAAAUUAUUUGACUUCUAGCUGGAGGUUGUGGAAUACUUAAUAUACUUGAAAUCCAGUUGCAUGUGGGCCAGGUUUGUUGAUGUAAGUAUUAAGCUGUUCAAAGCUCUUAUGAUGUGGUCUGUCCUGGUAAUGGUUCAUUGUUCUAACAACAAGAGGAAGUUGUCGUUCUACCUUAUUGGACAGUGCAAUAUCCUGGAGAUACCUGCCUCCUAACUUACUGGGCUGCUAAGGGUAUCAUAACUGUGGUGUAAUCUGAAACUGAGUAAGGUGAAUGCAUUUCUCUAAGUGUCCUAAAAAUGAUGUGUGCAUUAUUUUUGUCUCUAUUUUGUCUUAAAUGUGAGCACUCAACUUUUAAAAUAAAGACUUGUUAUAUACUGCCACCAGCAUGGUAACAUUCCUUAUGGCAUUAUCCUUCCACUGGCUGUCUCUCUAACUACUUGUCUUUACCAUCAGUACAGCUUGACUCCUCAUCUGUGAUCACAAAAUAAGUUUGCUUCCCACCUCUGUCAAAAACGAUGCUGGUAUAAAGUUCUUGCUCAAAGUGCUGGUACUACAAAGUAUGUGUGGUCACUUACAAUUCUGCAGUCACAACACAGGAUUACAAGGUAAGUACCAAAUGUGUUGCUACUUACCUUAUGGGUUUUCUACAACCCUUGAAACCUAGGCCUGCUGCUUUCUUCCUUUUUUUUUUUUAUGCAGUUAUUCAAAGACAACAUGGUCUGAAAGCACUUCUAAGAGAAAGGUCUGGAAAGUAUUGUUAUCAAACAGGAUAUGUAACAGGAACUAAUGUUAAUGUCUGGUGUU